CUGCUGCUCAGGAAGAGAAUCUGGGGAAAAACUUUCUGACCACUGAGAAGAUGAUGAGCUCAAGUUAUUGGAACGAGACGAACAGCAGCAGCUGUGGGACUCAGCAGCCCAUAGAGGUGCUGCAGUGCCAGCCCCAGCAUUACCACUGCUACCACCAGUCAAGCCAAGCCCAGCAAGCCCCAGAAAAAAACUUAGUGUAUGAGAGAGUGAGGACGUACAGUGGGCCCAUGAACAAGGUGGUGCAGGCCUUGGAGCCCCUGGGCUCACGGGAAGUGCUCUCCCCCCUCAAAUCUGCUUCUUCCUACCAAAACUUGGUUUGGAGCGACCAUUCUCAGGAACUUCAUUCUCCAACUCUGAAAAUAUCUACUUGUGCACCAAGCACUCUACAUAUAACACAAAAUACUGAACAGGAACUCCAUUCUCCAACAGUGAAAGUCACGACAUAUCCACAAACCACUAUUAGGAGAUAUAUAGUGCAAAACCCUGAACAGGAACCAUUGUCUCCUUUCUUAAGAGGAGGAAAUUUCUUCCCAGGAAACAAUGUAAUUUAUGAAAAAACAAUAAGAAAAGUGGAGAAACUAAAUACAGACCAGGAAUGUUAUCCUCAGCUUCAAUGUCAUCACCACAUUGUCCAACAACCCCAGAUCAUUCAUUCUCCACAUUGCCAGCAAUCUCAUUCUACUCAACAAAUCCAAUGUAUCACAGAAAAUGAUUCAAUUUCUACACAAGUUGGAAAUGAACCUUGCCACAGUGGGUCAAGCCAGAUUCAUGAGCAGAUGAUAAUUCAUGAUGAUGGCCCUGAAAAAUUGGACCCCAAAUAUUUUGGAGAGUUGCUUGCUGACCUAAGCCGCAAGAAUACUGAUCUAUAUCACUGCUUAUUAGAACAUUUGGAGAGAAUUGGAGGAAGCAAACAGGAGUUUGAAUCUACAGAUAAAGCAGAAGACAUUGAAUCAUUAAUUCCUCAAGGAUUGUCAGAGUUCACAAAACAGCAAAUUCGUUAUAUUCUUCAGAUGAGGGGUAUGUCUGAUAAGUCACUCAGACUAGUGUUAUCUACAUUUAGCAACAUUCGAGAGGAACUUGGACAUCUUCAACAUGACUUGACAUCACUGGAAAAUGACAAGGUAAGACUUGAGAAGGACUUGGCAUUCAAAGAAAAUCAAAUAAAAGAGUAUGAAGAACUUUUGGCAUCAGUGAGAGCAAAUAAUCGCCAGCAGCAACAAGGACUUCAAGACUCAAACUCAAAAUGUCAGACACUGGAAGAAAAUAUCCUUUCUCUUCGACAUACACUAUCAGAUAUGGAAUACAGACUAAAAGAACUAGAAUAUUGUAAACGUAAUUUAGAGCAAGAGAAUAAGAACCUUAGAAUACAGGUUUCUGAGACUUGUACAGGCCCGAUGCUACAGGCUAAAAUGGAUGAGAUUGGCAACCAUUAUAUGGAGAUGGUAAAAAAUUUGAGACAAGAAAAAGAUAGAGAGAUCUGCAAGCUAAGGACACAAUUAAACCAAUACCAAAAAGAUGUUUCAAGAAGAGAAGGAAGUUGUAGUGACUUCCAAUUCAAACUUCAUGAACUGACAAGUUUGCUGGAAGAGAAGGAUUCUCUUAUAAAGCGUCAAUCAGAGGAACUAUCAAAGUUGAGACAAGAAAUAUAUUCAUCUCAUAACCAAUCCUCCAGUGGUGGAAGGACUACUAUUACCACAAAAAAGUACAGGACACAGUAUCCAAUCCUAGGCCUUCUGUAUGAUGACUAUGAAUAUAUACCACCAGGUAGUGACACACAGACUAUUGUGAUUGAGAAAACAGAAGACAAAUGGACUUGUCCAUGAAUGGAUCCACUUUACAGUACAACUCAAAGGAGGUUUUGUGUCUGCAUCUGUAUUUUGUCAUUUUUCUAUUACUAAUGACCACUCAAAAUUGUGAACCAUGGUACUAUCAAUGAAUCUAAUGAAUGACUUCAUUCUGCAGAUGACUUGCUUUACUCACUUAGGAGACUUGAAACCUUUCAUUACAUUUAUCUAUUUAACAUAACAGCAGACUAUGUUUAAAAUUUAAUUUCAGGCAGUGUAUAAAAUAACUCACUAUUUUUCCUAUAUGCUGCUUCCUAGAUAUUGAACUAUUUUGUAGGGAUAGAGAUUUUACAAGUUAUUCCAUUAGAAGAUUUUUUUCUCAUGUUAGAAGUACAAUUUAGCUACAAUAUUUAAUGGUGGUUAUUAGCAAAAGAGAGGCAAAAGACAAUUAAAUUUUUAAAAAGUAGUUUAGCUAGAGCAUGAUAUAUACAGUUUAAAUGUACUUUUCUUACACUAAGCCUGUGAUAAAAAAAGAGACAGUUCAGUAGUGCUAACAGCAUGCCUUGGAAACAGCUAACUCAAAGGUGGUAGCUCAUUUCAUUAAGGAAAUGAGAUCUUUUAAAAUAACUACAUGUUAUACUACUUGGGUAUAAGUGCAUGAAAGUACAGGGGCAAAUCUGUCCUUUCAGAGCAUAUGCUCUCCAAAUGAACCCAUUCAUUUUCUUCAAGUCAUAGAAAAUGGUAUUGUAAUAGUGGGGCAGAUAGAAAACAGACUUGUCAUAGUGGUAGGCAUAUAUAAUAUUGUGAUAUUGUACAGACAUUAAAGAUUAGAAAAAUUCAAAUAGCAAUAACAAACAUGGUAGCCUUAUCUUACUUAGAACAAAUAUUUUUAAUAGUCUUUAAUGUAUUUAUGUUUGUCAGUUGUAUUCUAAUGACUUUAAAAUUAACACAUAUACUUGUUAAAUAUAUCUCAAG